AUGUUCCAACCUAAUCUGAAAAAGAAAAGAAUACGUUUAUGUAGCACAAAAGUUUUUAGACACAAAGCUCUAAAUAGCGAUGAAACAGAAUCGUUGGAGGAAGAGAUUCUUGAUAUGAAUGUAAAUCGCCGUAUUCACUUGCCUAAAUGAAAUUCUGAUGAGGCGGAAUUCUUACAGUUAGUGUCUGAUGGUGAUGUGUAUGCUGUAAUAAAAUACCUUCAGAGUCAUUCUGGAUUGAAUAUAAACUGCCUUAAUUUUCAGGGCACAUCGGCUCUUCACAUAGCAGUGCAAAACCGAUCGGAGGAAAUGGUGGAAUUUUUGUCGAACCAACCACAUAUAGAAAUUGGUGACAACAUCUUAUACGCCGUUCAAUAUAACAGUAUUAACAUUUUGGUAAUGUUGUUGGAAGCUCAGAAAAAAAUGUGUCCUGGAUUAGAAUUUGCUGGAUCGACACAUUCCUCUCAAUUUCCUGAACAUGUAACACCAUUGAUAUUGGCUGCACAAUUGGGUCAUUAUGAAAUUAUUGCGUUAUUGAUAGCUCGUGGUCAUACAAUAGUACCACCUCAUUCACCGCAUUGCAAUUGCACAAGUUGCAAAAAAUCUCUCGAGAAAGACGAUCCAUUGUAUGCAAGUAUAGCGCCUCUCUCCACUUACUGUGCAUACUUGAUACAAACAUCCCCGGAUCCAAUCUUGGCAUCGUUCCUCGUCACGUCGGUACUAGUUGACAACGCUACUGCGUAUAGACAAUUAGCUGCAGCCUACAUACAAUUAAGGGAUGAUGUCAGCGCUUUCGCUAUUGACCUUAUAGGUUGCUGUCGGACUUCGGAAGAGGUUGAGGUGAUACUCAAACAAUCGGGAUGCCGUCAGCAACGGUACUUCGUAUUACCUCGUCUACUUAUGGCUUUAGACUACAAACAGAAGGAAUUUAUUGCACAUCCUAAUACACAACAAGUUUUGGAAUCUCUCUGGCUUGGUGACUGGUACAGUUGGAGAAAUAAAUCAUCUUUGAAAAAAGCAUUCAUCAUCGUAACCCGAAUUAUAAUAAUGCCGUUCAUUCUAUUAUUGUGUGUGAUAGCUCCACGACACAUGCUCGUUAGACACUGGCAGAUACCGUUGAAUAAACUUAUUACGCAUGCAGCUGCUUACUUCGUGUUCCUCACUCUAGUCUUCUACAUCUUGAAUCAAGAUAAAACUGAACAGAAACGGGGCCCGCCAAACACAGGUGCUAAAGCUCCAUUAAUACUUGAUGUAUGUGAUUACUUAUGGUCUGCCAUUAGAAUGUGUUUAGUGUUGGGCCCUUGUCGAUAUUUUACUGUAAUGUGAAACUGGGCGGAGCUUAUCAUAAUAUUAUUAUUCAUCCUUACUUUUACUUUUUGGAUUACUGUUGCGAUAGAAGUUGCUAACACAAAUAAAGAUUUAGCUUUAGGAAAGAUGACGAUAGACAUUUACAAAUACGUGAUAGUAUUUUCAAUAAUUAUCUGCGCUUUCGCUGCGGGGAUGGCGCGUCUCUACCAAUACUACGAUAGCAUGGUUUAUGAAGAUGAAUUUGGAAUGAAAACUGUACAGGUUUCUUCAUUUACAAGCCUAAAAUAAUGUUUUUAACGUAUCCGUAAUACGUUAAAAACAUUAUUUUGGGCUUUAUUCUGCAUGGCUCCAUUGGAAAGCGCUGAUGUGGUACUUAUAAAUACAAAAGACACAAAAUAUUCUGAAAAGUUUCAGAAUAAUAAACAUGAAUAUACGGAACUAAUUGGAUACUUCUGUUUUGGUUGUUUUGAAGUCAUAUCGGUAAUUGUGGUAUUGAACAUGCUCAUUGCAACUAUGUCCAACACAUUCCAAAGGGUAAAUAAUAAUGUUGCCAUUGAAUUGACAUUCAAUAGAACAGAAGUUUACAUCAAUUACAUGUUGCAAACGACUCUUCCAUCGCCCUUCGCCCUUCUGAUUCCAACGGAAGCCUGCAUGAGUAAUAUAGUUCAAUGGUUACGAGCUAAACUUACGAAGACAAAAGGAGUCCACUCGCGUUGGUCUCUCUCACAUUACUGUUAUAUGGAGCAUGAUGUAGAAUCGAAUCUACAAGGAAAAUUCCCAUCGUUAAUGACAGUGAUAGUUCAAAGAUACUUUAAAAGCAAAGAAGCUAAUGGAGUGAACAAGUUUGUGAGCAGAGAUCGCAAUCAGGGAGAAUCCUGA